AUGUCAUAUCCACAAUUUGGAUAUCCUUACUCGUCUGCACCUCAGUUCCUCAUGACCACCAACUCUUUAACAUCUUGCUGCGAGUCGACGGGCAGAAGCAUGUCGGAUUCCGGUGUGGUGGCUUCGGCGCAACCUCCGGUUUACUGCCCAGUGUACGAGAGCAGACUACUAGCCACAGCCAGACACGAGCUGAGCUCCGCCGCUGCGCUUGGGGUGUACAGUAGCCCCUACACCGGCAGCCAGGGCUACGGAAACUAUGUCACUUAUGGCACCGACGCGUCAGCUUUCUAUUCACUGGGCACGUUCGACGCUAAAGACGGGAGUGCUUCUGCGCAUGCGGGGAUCACCCAGGCUGCUGCCUACUAUCCCUAUGAUCCUACUUUGGGCCAGUAUCAGUACGACAGAUAUGGAUCUAUGGAUGGGAGCACGAGGAGGAAAAAUGCUACAAGAGAGACCACGAGCACCCUGAAGGCCUGGCUUCAAGAGCACCGGAAGAACCCGUACCCCACCAAAGGCGAGAAGAUCAUGCUGGCCAUCAUCACCAAGAUGACCCUCACGCAGGUGUCCACCUGGUUCGCCAACGCCAGGAGGAGACUGAAGAAGGAGAACAAGAUGACGUGGCCUCCCAGGAACAAGUGUUCUGAUGAAAAGCGAUACGACAAUGACGACGACGGCUCUCAGGAUGAUCAGAUCAAAAGCGAGAACAACGAUGACGAAAGUAGAAGUCGAGAUGACAAGGACCUCCAGCUGAGUGACCUGGAAGACUUCGACACAAUCGAGUCUGAAAACUCUGAAUGCGAGCUGAAGCACCAGUUUAACCUGAACACUCACAUGACGACCACUGAGUGUUCGACCGACCACAUGAAAGACACCUCUUGUCCAAAGUUGUCCAUUCCACACCCACUGGAGGGAGACCAGGGCAUACACAAAAACUGCCUAAAAACUCCCACGGAUGACUGUCAGACCAACUUGGGUCGCCAGAACAAACCGUGUUUCCAGUCCAGCCACCAGUUACUCGACAACAAACCACGGAUCUGGUCCCUGGCACAAACGGCCACGUCUUUGAAUCAAACGGAGUACUCCUCGUGUAUGCUUCGAUGUCCUCCCAACGUGCCGCCUUCCCCUGCGGCCUCCUCCUCGCCCGUGAACGUGCUGGACCGACAGCAGGACUCCCCCGUCACGACGCUGAGAAACUGGGUGGAUGGGGUUUUCCACGACCCCCUGUUUAGACACAGCACUUUGAACCAAGCACUGAGCAACACCGCAGUAUCAUGGACCACAACCAAAACCUCAAUACUGGAAACCGGGUCGUUAGGAAACAAUGUGGUUAAAGGACACACGCCUUUACAGCAUCCGGAUGCCAAUAAAGACACAAUGAGUUUCACUAAAUCGGUGAACAAAAUGUUCUGCUCAUAA